AUUUCGGCCGUGUUGUAGUCGAGGCAUGUCAUUUUCAAUUCCGCCAUGUCCGUGGCAUACUAUCCAUCGUCCGAUUUCUCAAUGGAUCACCAAUUCCCAAGCAAACAACGGUUUGUGGCACUCAGCAUGCAACGACCUACCCCCCCACUACAACGCCACGCCAUGAACGUCAUGCCCAUGCACAAGAAACCAGUCGAGCUCGGUGGCGCCUGCAAGCAACGGUCUUGGCGCGGCACAUGUCGGUACAAGUCGGGCCGGUGCUCGAACGAGCGCACGCUCAAAUUCAACGGCGAAAUCCACACCAUGUGCGAAGAACACCGCAUCCGACACAACAACAACCAACGGCGGUCAGACCUGAAGCGACGCAUCAAAAAGUCGCCCGAGCUCACGAGCAGCACCAGCCUUCCCUACCUCAGCGGUGCUCCAGUGCAGCCCUCCUCAGGGUGCAGCAGUCAAAAGCGUCCGUCCCUGCAAAAGCAACUGUUUGCCGCGUUGGACCUGUCCUCUGGCGAGGCAUUCCUAAAGCCAGAAGCCAUGGACGCCAUCAACAACCUCAUGAGCGACGACGACCAACCCGACUACGAAAUCCGACCCCCGUCCUGCACCAUGGAGCUAACACCGCAAGAAGUCAAGAUCCUGCACUCCAUUUUGGACAUGGACGACGAGUCCAUGGGAUGAGAAGCGGCGUCAAGUUGUCCACAUAUAUACCCCGGUGUAACAUCUGUAUUGUACCCCGCCAUCGACCACCGCCUUCCAACGACCCCGCCACCCAUGUCAUCGCCUGCCAAGGGUAGCUAGCACAGAAGGAAACUAUAAUUUGACAUUGUAUUUAUUUUUCUCCGCGGCGCUACUACGUGG